ACAAGGCAAAACGUAAUCAAAAAAGAAAUAUUUUACAUAAUAAUCGCAAUAAAAUCAAAUUUUGAUGAAAAAAAAAAUAUGCAAAAUUUUUUCAAAAUAUUUCAUUAUACCAAGUGUUGGUUUAUAACAUUUGAAUCUAAAAAUAUGUGGGAGUGAUGAAAAGCAAAACGAUAAGAUACUUUAAACAAGAAAAAGAGUGAAUUAUUGAUAUUGAUACCAAGGUCAUCUCGACUUUUGUGAUGACUAUCAACAUAAAAAAUAAAUAAAAAUAAAAUAGCAAACGAAUUGAGCAAAGAAAAUGUUGGCUAUUAUUUACAACUCAAUGAGCCUAACCUAGAAAAAUAUUUAACAAAAUAUUUUGUGUACUUGUGCUAAAAGCGAAACUAAAACGUAAAAAUUGCCUUAAAUCAAAAAUAUACGUUGAAAUUAUCAAAAAAAAAAAAAAAUUACUCUCACACACAUACCCAUGUGGCCAAAAGUUUACUUAGUACUCAAAGUGCAUGCUCCGCACCUGAUGUGGAUGUGUUUAUGUGUUCACGUUCGGGCCAAAAAGUGAGAGUGUUUGGCAAUUGUUAAACCAACCGGCCACUUUUGGAGUAUCAGACGUUUUAUUGAAUGAAGAACAACAGCAAAAACAUCGCCAUCGUCGUCAUAGACGUCAACAAGAAAACAAAAACAAACAACCCAAUUCAUAAACUGACCAACCUCAAAUUGUCUUUGUUGUGGAUAUACUCGUACUACGUGAAUCAAGCAAGCAAUGGCAACUUUCCAUUUCAGAACAGGCGUGGCUGUGUGAGGACUUCUAACAAAGCCGGUUCUACAUGUGACGUAAUAUUUCCCUCCAUCGCUGGCUCUCCCAACAAAAGUGACCUUAAUAAAUGCACUAUAAUGCAGUUGAAUCUGUUUCCCAAAUUCCAUUCUGAUCAUCGUCAUCCUCAUCACCACCAGCAACAGCAGUCAAAUCAACAGUGUCAUCAUCAAUCAAGCGAAUGGCAUCAAACAAAUCACACGCGUCCGCAUCAUUGUGGGCGCCAUCAACGCGGUCAUUAUGCUACUUCCACCAGUUGGAUAGUGCCGGCAGCAUUAACUGUGCUGCUGCUGUUUCUAGCCCAAUGUCCAACAACAUCAUCUCUAAUUGUUCCCAAUGAAGUGCCCUCUAUUCUGUCGCUGGUAUAUUCCAACAUUCCGCCUAUUAAAAAAGGUACUGAUUCUCGCUUGGGCUUUGGUUUUCGUCUUGGAGAACAUGCCGAUUUUCAAGUUAUGUUAGAAUUGGGACCCCAGAAAGAAACUAGGCCGAUUGGCGAUCAAGACAAUGGCUCGUCGUUCAAUAAGAGACAGGUUAGCAAAUCACAACAGCGAGCGGUACAAAGGGAAGCGGUGAAAGCUGAAAGCCAACCAACAUCAUGGCUGGAGAAGUGGGCUAACCAGGUUAAUAAUCCUGCAACGCCCAAAAAGAAGGUUACCAGUGUCAAGGUUAAGCCCACUAAGAAGCAGGGUACACAGAAGCAAGUAUCAGAUGUACCAGCUGUAACUAUGUCACAGCAGAUGCCCGCCCAGGCAUUACAACAACUGCAAUUGCUUUAUAAAAUGGCAACGAGUACAACAGAGGAGAGUGCAAAGCAAGGCAUUAAUGAAGGAGCAACAACAACUUCCCCAAUAACAGUAGCUCCAUCUUUAGACUUACAAGAGAGACUUAAAAUCAUAAAAGCUCCUGCCAAUGUUGACGAAUUGCAGGCAUUGAUGCAAAAAUCUCAAGAAGAAACUAAAACGGAAAUCACCAAAGAACUUAUGAAUGUCAGUUUGGAUGAGUGAUUCUGUUAAGGUUGCCGCUUAGCUCCCUGAAUUCGAAUUCCCGAAUGGUGGUGAUAUUGUCUGUACCUUCAUGCAUCAUAUGUACCCAUACAAAUAUUUUCUUGCAUAUCAAUAUCGAAAUAUUUUUUGUAUCAUAUUUUCAUGUUGUUAAUUUUUUUGUAAAUAAAAUUUUUGGUAGAUGUAAGAAGUAAUACAAACACAA